AACUACAAUAGAUGCCGACACGUAAUGUGUGGCGCCACUUCAUUUCGCUUUGACCAUCCGGGAGCGCAUGCGAGUCAUGAUUACUCAAACAAUAAAAAAGCAUUGUUAAUCUCCUUCUACCAUCAUCUUCAGCACGUUGUGCUAUCGAAAACUCAGGAUCGCAAAGCCCUACAACGACCAUGACCGUACCUGUACCGGAGAUGGAUGCUACGAAAUCAAGGCUAACGAUGAAGAAGAUUAUUAGAAUCAUAGGUCCAAAGGAGUUGGAUGAAGGAGUAAGAUGUCGGAUGAAGCAUGUUAUCAAGAUACCGAGACUCAAUACUAUCGCCGAGGUUAAACCUCCUACCAGCAGCCACAGAAAUAACAGAAAUAAUGUAUCGACUCCAUACACAACCAAAGGACUUGUAAUCGUCAUACCACCGGCUAGGAACACCAAACGCGGUCGUGUUUCAGGAAAGGAGGACGAAGAGGAUGAUGCGUCGGUGGCGGUCGAGAGACCAUCCUCGAAACGCGCUCGAAAAUCCGAGGAUUCGAAAGAUGAGUCUGACGAGAAUUCACUCAUUACCACCUUGACACAUGCACCCGUGAGGACACACCGUAAGACCAAGUCCAAGCGGAUCUCCGAACGAAUGAGCAUCACACCGUUAACGGUGGCUAGCUGUUCUUACAGCGGCCAAUUCAACCUUUACGCUAUGGACCAUCAAGACCUAUGCCUGAUCUAUAGACCCGAGGGCUCUAGGGAGCCACAAUACGAAGAACUUUACAAAGCUCUCCGGUCAAAUGACCACAUCCAGGAGCUCACAGCCCAUGUGUCCCUCCCGACUAUACCCUAUGGCCGUAAAUACGGCUCAGCUCUCACCCCUGCUCUCUGCGACCCAAUCUCCGAAAGACCAUACAACAUCGAGCUGACGCGAAUCUCCCGUGUAAACCAGGUGUUUUACAGGGAGCACGAAAAAGAAUGUUUCGUGACACGGUACAACUCGGACGUAUCACGCGCAGGGAAGAUGCCAGGUGUGAGCGGGAAGACGGGCGUGGCGGCUGCAGGGGCUGGAGAUAAUGGGGUGCUGGAAUCCUCAGGAGACUUUAAUUUGAGCCGCGUUUGGGUAAAAAGAGAUACGGAGGGGAGACUGAUGGAGAUUUUUGAGGGAUAUAUGUCGCUGAGAGUCCGGUAUUGUAAAGAGUAUGAGCGGAAGGGAUACGGAGAAGGCUUCAAUGUCGGGUUCGCAUUUUGGGCGCUGAGGACAAGUCAUACAGGAUAAUACCUCCCUCCACCACUCCUCCAGUCACAUAUCAUACAUACCCCACCAAAACUCAAAAUGCUCUAUUCGUCUUCGAGACCGACCUCUCCUUAUCCUUCCUCAAUUUCUCGAUAUAAAUGAACGUGAUAAGAAUAGUGUCGAUCAUAUCGACACCAGAAGGAAGUAUUUCCAGAUAUCCAGGAGGCGUAUUCCACAAGAUGAACUUUCGACGGUGGAAUCGCGCUACGGGGGUGUUGGACCCGUCGUUGAGGAUGAGCUGUCGAUUAUGAUCAUCUCAUGAGAUAUCGAUUCGAAAACCACUCGAUUGGUCUUGCUCACCUCGGGAGUAUAGAAGCCCAAAACCCACUUGUAUUCCUUCCCAUCUGGACCUGUAAAGACUCUGUGUCUUCCCCAAAAACCCCAAGAUUC